CGUAACCACCACAGAGAGCAAAGCAAGCAAAAGAGUACUACUACUCUACUACUCUCUCUCUCUCUCUCUCUCUCUCUCUCUCUCUCUCUACUGUCUGACACAGGACAAACUAAGCUUUCUAGAAAGAGAAAGUUCGAAUUCUAGAGAGAGAGCGGAAUCGAAGCUUAAAGCGCCUCAGAAAUUCUGUUUCUGUUAUUUUUCCGGCGAAGAUGAUAGCUUACGUGGAGUGCUUCGUCCACGAAAACGACUCCGAAUCCAGGCCCGAUGGCGGCGUCUCAAGCCUCUCCAAGGCACUGGACCUCCAGGGCAGCGUCGCCGACUGCGGCGCGGAUGCAGCCAGAGACUUUGGCGGAAUGAAUUCCAUCUCGCCGCUAGCCUUUCUUCGGCCGGCGGGUGUAGAAGAUGUGGCAAGGGUGGUGAAGGCGGCUACGAGGUCGUCGAAUCUAACGGUCGCGGCGCGCGGCAACGGCCACUCGAUCAACGGCCAGGCUAUGGCGAAUCGAGGCCUCGUCUUGGACAUGCGGUCGUUGGGGGAGCAUUUCCGGGUUGUGAGGGCCAGGGAUGGCUCCUUCUACGCUGACGUGUCGGGAGGGGCAUUAUGGGAAGACGUGCUGAAGCGGUGCGUUUUCGAGUACGGGAUGGCGCCGCGGUCGUGGACGGAUUACUUGAGCUUGACGGUGGGCGGGACGUUAUCCAACGCGGGCGUCAGCGGUCAGGCUUUCCGUUAUGGUCCGCAAACGUCGAACGUAACGGAGUUAGAAGUCGUUACAGGGAAAGGCGAAAUUUUUAACUGCUCCGAAACGGAAAACUCGGAGCUGUUUUUCGGCGCGCUCGGCGGACUUGGUCAGUUCGGUAUCAUCACCAAAGCUAGGGUUCUUCUCCAACCAGCCCCGGACAUGGUGAGAUGGAUAAGGCUGGUGUACACCGAGUUUGACGACUUCACUCGGGAGGCCGAGUUGCUGGUAACUCGGCAGGACCACGGCGGCGACUCGUUUGACUAUGUAGAAGGCUUCGCAUUCGUCAACAGCGAUAACCCGGCGGACGGGCGUCCCUCGGUGCCCCUGGAUCCUCAGGAGACAUUCGACGCGGCCCAUCUCCCUCGAACCGCCGGGCCAAUCCUCUACUGUCUCGAACUCGCUCGUCACUACCGCAAAACUGACCACUCCUCAACUGUCGAUACGGGCGUGAACAGAUUGCUUGGAGGCCUCGGAUUCGUUGAGCAGUUGAAGUUCCAGGUGGACAUCAGCUACGUCGAGUUUCUAUUGCGUGUGAAGCGCGCAGAGGAACACGCCAAGGCCAAUGGAAUCUGGGACGCUCCUCAUCCUUGGUUGAACAUGUUCGUGUCGAAAUCAGAUAUUGCUGAUUUCGAUCGAACAGUGUUCAAGAAGAUCCUCAAGGAUGGGAUCGGCGGGCCCAUGCUUGUCUACCCUCUCCGGCGAAGCAAGUGGGAUACUCGUACGUCCGUGGUGCUACCAGAAAGCGAAAUCUUCUACAUAGUGGCAUUGCUACGUUUCACUCCACCAUACCCAAAAGGCCCCUCCUCUGAGAAUCUGGUGGCUCAGAACCAAGAAAUUACACAGUACUGCACCAAGAAAGGGUUCGAUUUCAAGUUGUAUUUGCCUCACUACAGAUCCUCGGAGGAUUGGAAGCGACAUUUCGGAAAUGAUCGAUGGUCGAGAUUUGUAGAGCGGAAGAUGUGCUUCGAUCCGAUGGCCAUCCUUGCUCCUGGACAGAAAAUUUUCUCGAGGGUUCCUCAACCCUAGCAUUAGUUGAAUAAAUAGUCUCUGUUGAUGGUUCGGUCCAAUGUAAUUUUGUUGUCAUCUAUUUUUCAUUUUUCGUUAAAUUUUUUGCUUCAUUGCUUCUGGUGGGUCAGUACUGUUGUUAUCAAUCGACAUUCGACAAAGAAGUUGUUGGAGCAAAUUAAUGUAAAGGUUUAGUUUUGAGCAAAGUUUUUUUAUCAUCUUUCUA